UAUGUAUCAUGUUCUGAAAAGAAAGUCGGACAUUUAUGAAAUGUAGGACAAUUUUUAUAGUUCGAUAUUUAUAUUGAGAAUGCCUCUGGGCGCUGUACCAUUCCCGUUCGGAAUAUGUCGUAUCUGUAGGGAUAAAGCGACUGGAUUGCAUUAUGGGGUAGCUACGUGUGAAGGAUGUAAGGGCUUUUUCAAGAGAAGCAUCACAAAGCAAGAAAAAUUUAAGUGUCACUUCGGCGGAUCAUGUGAUGUAAACCCCAAAACUCGCAGUCAGUGUAAAGCAUGUCGUUUCAAGAGGUGUUUAGAAACUGGAAUGUCAGUAGAUGGUGUCCGUAUGGGUCGUAUUCCAAAGGUUGAAAAGGACAAAGUUUUAGAGGCCUUCCAUGAUGGGGUCUCACACUUCAGUAAUCAUGAACUUAUUGUACAGCAGACCAAUGGAAGAAACUACAAAUUUGAACUGAACAAAACAGAUGCGACCACAAACGCUACAUGUACAUCAACAAAAGAUCAAACGUCUAAUACCACUACCCCAGUUGCUGUGGUUACAGGUAUUGGCAUAGGGGGCGACAAAGAAAAGUAUGAGGAAAAAGCAGCAGGAGGUAUUUCUUUUGAAGCUGAACCUUAUAAUGCCAAAGCAAGUGGUAUUACAGAGAAGUUUAAAGAUCAUCCUAUCGGCAGAACCAGCAAUAUAGAUCUGCCGCAUGACAUUAAUACAUGGUCGUUGAUAAAAGAAACUAUAAACGCCCAAAAUCCUUUUACGGAAGUGAGUGACAAUGUUCGUGGAAAGUUUUCUUCCUUUGAUGAGAUGGAAAUAAGUGACAUUAAAGUGGCAGUGCAGAGUGAAAAAUGUGACAAUCCCUUUAAUGAUAAGUAUCUCAACAUGGGGUCUAGCAAUAGCAGGGAACUUCAGCAACGAAUCCCUCAAGUUGCGCAACAAAGGUUAGAUGAUCAGAGAUUAGUUCAUGAUGUGAACGAAUCAUUUCAUAAGUUCUGUUUUUCUGAACCUGUUGUAAAUUCCUUUGAAGGAACAACACCAGAAUACCAAACAGUCAUGCCUUUUAAUCAUCAAGGAGCAAGUUCCAUGUCCAACAGAUACACAUCUGGCAGUUCACAACCGCCGAAUCCUUCAACAUCAUAUCAAUAUGGCAUUACAAUUCCAAGAAAGAACAAAAUAGAAGAUAAACAAACAGGUAUUGCUUCCACAAGAAUUGCCACAUUAGAACAAGAUAGCAGUAACGAUGAAGAUCAAGGUCCAAGAAGGAGGGUAAAUUUUAGUCCAGCCCUUAUAAAUGUUUUACUAGAACAAGUACUAGAAUCUCAUGAAUCCGUAAAUGUAAUUGCUGAAAAGCUUCAUCAAAAACAUCAGCAAGGAAAUUUUAGACAACUGUUGGCACAAAAUAUUUCCCAACGCUUGUCAGAAAUGUCAACAAAGCGACGUAGGUACUCUGAUGAUCCUCUCCAUAGCCCUCUGCCAGACAAUAAUGUUAAAGAUAAUCAUUGCUUAGAAAAUAAGGCUAAAUGCCAAGAAUCAACCAGUGACGUUUCUCUAGAUGAUAAUUAUCGUAUAUACUCUCCUAAGGAGACCAAACAUGACUGUACAUGCAGCCCCAAUCAGCAUGGUCAUUGCGACCUCCCUACAUGCAGGAAAUGUAGUUCUUAUACAACAACCGUGUCUCCGAAGUAUGGGAACGAACAGCCUACUUGUAAUAGAAGAGUGUCCAGUUCAUCCUUGCCCAUUGAGGAGGAAGAGAAAUUAAAACAGAUAAGAAACACACUAGACGGAAUAAGUAUAGCUAUGCAUAUUCUUAAUAGACUGAAAGCGGAACAUAGAGAGAAAGUUCAUCAGCAUCAACUCGGAAAGAUACAAAUGAGAGUGAUGACAGACAGUGAAAAAGACAUAAAGGAAACAUACGCAAAGGUUAUCGACGGUAUACCAGAGUUGAAUGAACGCAUACUCGGAUUCUGCAACAGUGUACCAGGCUUUCGUGACAUCGCUAAAGAAGACCAAGAUGUGCUUAUGAAAAGGGCUUAUUAUGACAUAUGGAUGUUAUCUCACUCUGAGUACAUGCAACGGGGUGAAAGUUACAUGAUACUGAAGACCGGAGAGAUCUACUCACAGAAAGCCAUGCGGAAAAUAUUGAAUGACCACAUGGUUGACACAAUUUUUGAAUUUGCAAACGAGUUUAAUAGUCUGGAACUGACCGAUCUGGAAGUGGCGGUUUUGUGUGCUGCACGUUUAACUGCAACAGAUGGCCUAGAACUGUCUGACCGUCUGAAAGUCAACAGGCUGCAUUCACACAUACUGGAUGUUCUUGCAUUUGAAGUGAAACAGAACCACGAGAUGUCACAUGCCCGGAAGUUGAUUGACAUCUUCCGGCUGAUGCCUCUUCUAGAAACAAUCAACCGGAUACAGCGAGAAAUUAUAGCUAAAUUCUCUAUCUAAAUAUAAGUUGAUUACAGAACAAGUCUCCGUCAAUGGAUUACAGAACAAGUCUCCGUCAGUGAAUUACAGAACAAGUCUUCGUCAGUUUAUUACAGAACAAGUCUCCGUCAAUGGAUUACAGAACGAGUCUCCGCCAGUGAAUUACAGAACAAGUCUCCGUCAGUUGAUUACAGAACGAGUCUCCGGCCUUGCGCCUUUGCAUUGACCAUCUUUUUGUUUUUUGUUGUUUCAUUGUUAGUGUAUGUUUAUUAUAUAUCUAUUCUACUCGGUGACUUUAAUGAUAUAUAACUGUACGCGUACCUCUAGUAAAGCAGAAUUGUUGUAAUUUUCUGCAUAAUUGUUGUUACGUUUGAUGUCACAGUGGCACAAUUAUAGGUCAUAUGGCGACUUUCCAGCUUUUGAUGGUAGGGGAAGACCCCUAUCCCGGAAAUUAUUUGAGGUACAGGCGAACAGCUUGGUAGAACCGAACCACCGACCUUCCCUCAUCCAGCUGGAUGCCUUCCUUACAUGGAAGAAGUCUAAACGCUAAGCGAAUCGGUGAGUGUAAUAAUAUUCAAAGUGCUCGGCUUAGGAGUACCCGUAAUUUUCUAUAAGAUACUGGUUAAAAAAUUUUCCUUGUUUGACUGACUAUAUUAUUUUGGAAGUUUACAUACUUUUAAAUGAUCUGUGUUAAAAAAAUAAAGAACUUAAUACUAGGUUGAAUGUCGACCAUACAUAUCGUCAUGUACAUUAUUUUUGAUACUGUUUUUACACUUGAUGCUCAAUCAAUGUUAGAAUCAUUAUUGAAAAUUAUUAUGUAGAGAAUCUAUAAAACUGUUUUGAUUAUA